AUGAAAUAAGCUGCGGACAGUUGGGCACCUAUGCUACGUGUCUAUUCCAUGGAAUAAGCGUUUUGCAGAUUUGAGAGAAAUCAUAAUCUGCAUUCUGUACGGUCUGGUCCGUCUAAUCGUAUCAUAUCGUUUAGGAUCGUUGAACAUUUUUUAUUGAGUUGUCGAAAAAUGCAGAGAAUACCUACUGUUUUUUCCAGGAAUAUGGCUCUUUUAAGUCAAAUAAAAAUGACUGGUGAACGAGGGUCUGGUGCUGGUAGAGGUGGUGGUGGUGGUGGAUCCAUUCGUGACGCUGGAGGAUCAUUUGGUAAAAUGGAAGCUGCUCACGAAGAUCAGUACUUUUACAAUUUACAAAAGGAACAAAUUUCAAAAUUAAAGGAAGGUUUGCAUGAUGAAAUCUCAUUCCAUGAGGAGCAAAUCAAACGUCAUCAAGAAGCAAUUAAUCGUCACAAGAAGAGAAUUGGCGACAUGGAGAAAAAUAAGUAAAAAGCUAGCUCUGUUACUUCAUAUGUUUAUAAACAUUCUUUAUCUACUUGCAAUGAUAUAAAAUCAUUGUAAAAAAUUAAUGAACCAUUUUGUGCUUUUUUCAAAUAUCACACGUUGUAAGUAGAACUGGAAUAAAAUAAUUUAAUUUAAAUAUCUAUGCUAUUGUCGGUUAAGUGUUAAGAACAAGUUAUGGAAACUGUUGAAAAUAAACAGAAGAAACAGAUAUAUUUUUGAUUUGUUUCAUUGUUUUAUAAAAAUAGUUUUACAAGAAUUUUUUUAUUUAUCUUUUGUUCUUUCAGCUGAAGGUGUUGACAGAGAUAUAAAA